GAAUCUCGCGUACAAAUACCAGUCUCGCAUCAGGGGUCACGCUAUGAUGAAUGCCCUUAUCGGAUUGUUGUUGUGCUUAGCGGCCGCGUCUGCGGUGCCGUUAAAAAAAAUAAAUGUUCCUGCUGGAAAAGAAAUAAUUUACAAUUACUAUGCUGACGUGAAAGCUGGAAUUAUCGAACCGGAACAAUAUGCUUCCCAAUUUGGUCUCGCUGGAGAACUUCAUAUAAGGGAUUCCUUGUUAACGCCAUUAAGCAAGAGUGAAGUUGAUUCAAACGUAGAAAGUCAUUAUUACGUUAAAUUAAAUAACGUGAAAUAUGGCUUAUUCAAUGGUAGAGUUUCGCAUUCUCAAUCAAUCCAAGUGGAUCAAAAUAUUGAUGAAGAGGCACAGCAAAUCGAAAAUCCGUUUGUGAUAGUUUAUCACAAUGGCAAACUUCAAGGUAUUAAAGUGCCGAAAACAGAGAGUCUUUGGUCAAAGAAUAUAAAAAUGGGUAUUGCCUCGAUGCUGCAACUGGAUUUAGAUCACAUUCAACUACAACAUCCGAUAAAGCCGCACGCUUUCGUCACGCAAGAGAAAACCAUUCACGGUAUCUGCGAAGUCGCCUACAAUGUCCAUCCGAAGGAUCAGAAACAUCCGGAGGAAAGCAAUGUCUUCGUGGUUACGAAGAUGCACGAUUUGAAGAACUGCAGCAACUUUGUCCAGCGUGUCUUCGACGUUGUCGAAUGCCAGAAAUGUCACGUAAAAUCUGAGGACGAUAUGACAACUGCCGCAAGAAGAGUUUUCCACAUCGAACAACACGAGGAAGGAGAGCUCGUCAUCAAACAUCUGGUUGCUCACUCGGUUAUCAAUUACUUCCCCUAUGAAGCUCGAUCUGAAGCUCAUUACCUAUUGACAAACACUACUCUAGAUCUGAAGUCUGUGGUGCCAGUGUUAGAGCCUGUGCCGGAAGCCGUAAACUUCCAAGAUAUACCUAUUAUUCGCAACGUCACUUACAACAAGCCCGUGGGUAAUUACGCACUUCAUGCCGCAGAAGAUCUCACUCAUGGUCGACAUAUGGUCAAAUUGGACGAAAUUAUUCCUAAACUUAAGAAGAUGUUGCUCGAAGCUGCCGAUUAUCUUGAAGAAAAUCACAUGAAGCACGACGAACCCGACUGGAAACACGGACAAACCAUCAACAGAAUACAAGAAAUCAUGAGCUAUAUGGAUCUAGGUUCGCUCGAGCAAGUUUACAACGCUAUUAAAAAUCCGAAGACACCUACGGAAGUCACGAUGAAGAACAUCUUUCUGAAAAUGGUUCCAACCGCGGGCACAACCGCUGCUUGCCAUUUCACGCGAAAUGUCAUUCGCAAACACAAGGAAAACAAUGUGACCGUUAUCUCGAUGCUAACGAAAUUACCUAUGCACGUCAAAGUACCGAGCGAGAGAUUGCUUCUCGAAAUGGAAGAUCUGUUAAAGUUCAACGAUGUGCCAGCUGAAGUCAAGAAGGCCAGCAUCCUCUGCUUCUCCAUUUUAGUUCGCAAAACAUUCUUGCAUCAUCAAGGCUCUCAUUCUCUUCUUGACAGAUACAUUCAUUACUUCUCUGAACAUGUCAAGAACGAGCCAACGUAUCAGAUGAAAGUAGUAUAUUUGAUGGCAAUGAAGAACGUUCAAGUAGGCAAUAUCGAAAAAUUGUUGGAGCCAAUCAUCCGUGGAGAAGUUCAAAUAUCUGAGAAUCCGUACGCUAUUCGCGCUCAGGCAAUAUGGGCCGUCAAAGAAGCGAUCGCCGAUAAAGUCGAGUAUACUCACGAUCUGCUGUGGCCGAUUCUUUCUGACGUCUCCAACCCAUUGCCUAUCAGAAUCAUCGCUUACGAAGUUCUGAUGAGCCAGAUGCCAAACUUGCAGCGACUUAUGAACAUCUACUGGUUCAUGGUAUACGAAAAGAACAACCAUCUAUACAAUUAUCAUCUGACUACUCUGAAAGGUCUCGCCAAUUCCGUGGAUCCUUGUCUUGAACCGGUUCGUGAAAUGGCCAGAAAGGUCUUGAGCUUCACGAGAAUCAGACCGGUGACAACUCAGCUUUCGUUUACACAAUUUGUCGAAUACACAGAUCCCACUUACGAACAUGGCGAAUCCUUGAAACUCUCUUGGGUUUUGAAUUCACUGACCGGUACGCCAGAAGGUGGAUAUAUCGAGUAUCACUCAUCCGUUGCUCGUAAACCUGUCAACGUGCUCGGUGUCUACUGGCAUGUAUAUGGUGUGGAUGAGGCCAUAAAUCUAGUCAAAAAAGAAUUGUUCGGCAGUUCUGUUGUAAAUCUCAGUCACAAAAAAGUGCAGAAUAUUUUGGUUCAUGCCGCUAAAGACAUGCCUGCGCAGAAAUCUGUUCAGGUUGACAUUCGCAUUACACUAAACGAUCAUGUGAUCAUUGCCAAUCACUACGAUAAGGAUAACUUCGUGAAUGUGAUACACGACGUGAUGCAAGACGUGCUGAAUAUAAAGCAAACAAUGUUUGGUAACUACCAAGAAGUCAUGUACUCCAAUCUCUAUGAGAUGCAGGUGCCCACCGACAUAGGUAUGCAAGCGGUUCUCGGCACCAAGAUACCUCAAUUGUGGUCGGUUAAGUUCAACGAGAUCGUCACCGACGUUAAGAAACCAUCUGUGAACGUUAACGUCGCACUUGACACUCGCGUAUGGAAACACGGUGGAUACGUCAUGUCGAUCUACAAUCCCAUCGUCGACGUUUGGCACUCGAUUCGCCGGUCCGUCACUGAGGACGUCGCGUUACCAAUAGAGAUGAACUUUAGCUACAAUCAUGACACGAAGAGUCUUAAGAUCAGCGUGCCGAGGUUACCAAUGAACAAACUAUCGCAUAUUGGUGUGCGACACUUUGCGAAGAACUUAGUGACCGUUGAGCACGAUGAGAAAAACCAUCUCUUUUGUUGUCAUCACUAUACGGUCGUCACUACCGGCAAUAAGAAGGCAUAUCGCUAUGUCAUGAAUGUGAAGGAUGUAGGUCUUGAAUACGUGACAACGAUCUACGAUUGCGAGAACGGAAUCACGCCAGAAAGUGACAAAGUGGAAUGGCAACGUGAUCUUUCUCCGGAACACAAGACCGCUUGGGAUUCAAUGAUCGUACGGUACCUCAUGGGUAUCCGUCAGAAAUGGAUCAACGACUUCAUCUCGCCGCAAAAAGGCAGCUGCGGAAGGCUCGAAAGAAUACAACCUAGUGUUGUUUAUCCUUCAUCGCAAGUCGAUCUGACCUUACGAGCCAAUGUGGAAGAUGUCGAACACGUUCACAAGAAGAUGUCGAAAUUUAGCAGCACGAAGAUCAAUAUUCGCGGUACUCUCGACGUCAAAGCAGCUUCUACAAACGAGUCCGUGCUUUCGUGGGACAUGAAUGUGAACGCCGACAUGUCACAGGGGCACGUAGUCAACAAUGUCAAGGUUCAAAUGACGAGAGUGACACCAGGGGAAAAAAAUUUGAAGAUCUGCGUAGAAGCUCAGAAAAACUAUCCGGUCAUUGAAACGGACCCACUGAAAGUCGACAUCACGAAGCAGGAGACCAACGGAAAAUUGACUAUCAACGCAGGAUUCACGGAUGACGAUAAAUGCGUCCACGACGAAAUGUCGAUCUCGAUUAUCGUUAAGGGUGAGAUGACAGAGGAUCAGAAAAAGCAAAUAGCGCACGAUAAUGUGCACGGUGCUUGUGUUAAAGACAUUCAGAACCCGCAAUUCCAAACUACACAGAAUCACGUUGCCAAAACGAAGAAUUGCUUCGAAGAAGUUAUAAAAUACUCAACUCUAAAGAAGUACACCAUCAACGCAUCGUACAAGAAGGUGCCUAUACAAGUACUCUCGAAAGUUGCUUGGAUCGAAGAUCAGCUUCGCGCGUUAUACUUGCCGCAUAUAAAAUAUACUUCAAAUCGUGCUCAAAGCAGUAACGCGCAAGUCGUAGUUGAGUAUGCUUCCGAUAUGAGCCACAUUAACGCAUCCGUUGUCACUCCCGUUAACGGAUACGAGUAUGUUCGAAUUCCUCUGCAUGACCAAGUCUUAGAGGGUAUGGUAAUGGGUGAGCCAGUGUCGCAUCCACAAUGGCACUUCGUUAUGGACAAUACCCACUUUUCCAUAGGCAUGAUGAACAAAGUGAUACAAGGCCAAUAUAAAGUGUGCACUGUCUACCCGGAAGUCUGGAUCAGCUUCGACGACGAUGUGAGAUCACACGACGUGUUCGAUAAAUGGACGCUCGUAUCCGGCAACUAUAUUGACCAGACGUAUGCCGUUUUCGUGAAAUCCGUGGAAGGCGACAAACUUGGUGUGAAGAUGUAUAUUGGCGGUCAUGAGUUAGAGAUCGUGCCAUGUAAUUCGAGUAUCACCGUGAUCGUUGACGAUAACAACGUAGUCGGACAUGAGAAUGGAGUUAUGGUGCCGAACGACGAUCCGAAUUCUUACGCGAUGAAACUCACUGAGAACAACGAACAUCUUGUGGUUCAGUCUCAACAAGUACCAGUGAUGAUGAUGUGGACCCCUAGCACCGUGACCGUGGUGACGACCAAUGCUCUGCAAGGUCACGUGACAGGAAUAUGCGGACAUAUGGACGAAACGCAUAAAGAGAAACCUCCUCAGAUUUACAGUGUUUCGAAUCUUUAACUUCUAAUAUAUAUAUUUCAAUACA